AUGUGGACUCAGGGAGCCCCCACCCAGACCUAGGCCAGCACUGCCCUGGACCUGCUGAGGGACCACAUGGAGGGGAGAAACAGCACCAGUGCCGCCAGGGCCCUGAAGUUCCCAGAUGGGACCAGCGCUGCCUGGUACAUUGUCACCAUCAUUGGCUUCUACGGAGUGAUUUUCCUCUUCCGGUUGGCCAUCAACAUCCUUAGAAAGAACGGUAAGUCCUUGGAAGAUAUUUAUUACCUAAAUUUCACCUCCGAACUCAAAAAGAAAGGGCUCCAGAGCAAGGCAGCCAAAGGCUCUGCACUGACCAUUAGCAACAGAACCGUCCUGCAGCCCAGCCAGGCCAGCUGGGGGACCCAGCAUGGAAACAGCGGGCACCAAGCCGAAAUACAAGGGAUCCCUUGAACGGCAAGGCAAGCAGGCUUCCCUAGAAAAGGCGCAACCUUUGUGCCAGGAUGGGGGAGAGGCUUUGGGUGGAAUCUUGAGAACUUCUGGUCACACACUCCGGCCCAUGGGCGUAUGACAAAAAACCAGCGGCCUGUUUCCUUCUCAGGCUCUGUGGCACUUUGAAACAGGAGAGUAGGGGCCGCAGCUCCCAGCCAUACUCACCCUUCACUGGAAAAGCUUGUGCUGCAGGCAAGGGCAUGGAGCAGCCAGUGUGAGGGAAUUAGGAGACUCCCGGGGGUGUACGUGAAGCGGCUUCUUGUCAUGGAAAGAAGCCUGAAUUUGGAGUCAAAAGCCCUGGAUUAAAAUUCAACUUCUAGGAGCCCCAUGAACUCUGACUGGCUUGUGGCUCACCCGGAACACAUGGAAGUUGGGUGAUAGGUCCCAGUGGGCCGUUCAUUCUACAGGUUCUGACGCAAAUACAGAAGCAAAGUUGUUAAUAUCAGAAGUUUUUCAUUUUCAUAGAGAGAGUGGGGCUCAUUUAAUAAAAGCAUUCAUUUUAGA